AUAUAGAAUCAGCCGGCGAGGUGAGAACGCAGAGCAGGCCGUCGCUGGAGGCACUUGCGGUUUGGAACUUGCUAGAUAACCACCACCACCUGCUGGAUCACAGGUGAGACUGCACUUUCGCACGACCAAGAGUGGACAUUAGGCUUUACAUUCCCGUGGGGACUAAGGAGUAGGCAUUAUGCAACGCAUUGCAAUCAUCGGAGGCACCGGCAUGACCGGCGAGUGUGCCGUGGAUCACGCCCUAGAGAAAGGUCUGAAGGUCCGUCUGCUUUAUCGCACCGAGGCCACUGUUCCGGAGCGUUUCAAGUCCAAAGUUGAGCUGGUGAAGGGCGAUGCCACCAAAUACGAGGAUGUGAGGCGCCUUAUUGAGGGCGUAGAUGGAGUGGCCGUGGUCCUGGGCACCCGCAACAAGCUCGAGGCUACCACAGAGCUGUCCCAAGGCACCGCGAACUUGAUCAAGGCGAUGAAAGAAGAGAAGAUCACCAAGUUCUCGAUUGUCAUGUCCUCGUUCCUGCUGCGCACGCUCAAGGAGGUGCCAGCUGUGUUCCACAAGCUGAAUGAGGAGCACCAGCGAAUGCUGGACCUAACCAAGGCUUCCGGGCUGGAUUACAUUGCUAUCCUGCCGCCACAUAUCGCCGAUGAGCCGUCCACCGCCUACACCGUGGUGCACGAUGAGGCCCCCUACCGCCUGGUCUCCAAACACGACCUGGGAAAGUUCAUCAUCGACAGCCUGGACCAGCCGGAGCACUACGGCAAGGUGUGCGGCAUAGGCAAGACCCCGAAGACUGCCUAGAGCUAACCAGCCUCGUUGUCCACUUUGGUCCCCACAUAUCCACUGGCAGCUGAUGAUCAUUCAAGUCGUACAAAUACAUUUAAAUUGAUAUUCCUAUCCGUAGUUCCAGUUCCCCUGUGUCCCCAAAUGUAUACGCAAUAUAAUGUGAGCGCGCGCACAAUAAACUUUCCAUUUUAGAAGAUAA